AUGAACAACAGAGCACAUCUCGGCCUACGCUCACUCACUCGUUCACUAGCAACAGCAUCAUCACAGUCGGCCCUCGCAGCUCGCCGUCUUCCAUCCCACAUCCCCCUUGCGCCAAAGUCGAUUCGUCGCGGGUGCUCUUCCCACAACACUCCCCCUCCUCCCUCCACACCAGCCGCCACCACCGUCGCUGCCGAUUCCACCAAUACCGGCGCUCCCCAGUCCUUUGUCUCCACCAUGGCCUCGUACCUCCAGCAGUCCCAUGACAAGAUCUUCACCCAGAAUAAGAAGUGGGCCGAGGCGCAGCUUGCAAAGGACCCCGACUUUUUCAAGAACCUCGCCGCCGGCCAGAACCCCGAGUACCUGUGGAUUGGAUGCUCAGACUCGCGCAUGCCUGCGGAGAUCAUCACUGGACUCGACCCCGGAGAGGCCUUCAUCCACAGGAACAUUGCGAACAUGGUCAACAACCUCGACCUCAACGCCAUGUCGGUCCUCAACUACGCCGUCCGUCACCUCAAGGUGAAGCACAUUGUCGUUUGCGGCCACUACGGCUGUGGCGGUAUCCAGGCCGCGAUGACGCCCAAGGAUCUGGGUAUCUUGAACCCCUGGCUGCGUAACGUUCGUGACGUCUACCGCCUUCACGAGAAGGAGCUGGACGCCAUCGAGGACGAGGAGAGGCGCCUCGAGCGCCUGGUCGAGCUCAACGUCGAGGAGCAGUGCCGCAACGUCAUCAAGACGGCUGCCGUCCAGCAGAGCUACGCCGAGAACCACUACCCAAUCGUCCACGGAUGGGUGUUUGACUUCCGCACCGGCCUGCUCAAGGACCUCGAAAUCGACUACACAAAGGUCCUUGGCAACAUUCAAAAGAUUUACAACCUCACCGAAUAG